GAUCAUGAGAAAACAAGCGUCGCGUGUUCGGAAACGUGAUGUGAACUUUCCAAAGCGUUGCCAGGCCUGUCAUUAUAAAUGUCUGCAAAGUGCGGUUCGCUGCCUCGUCUCCAUGGUCUAAGGUCAGUAAAGACUAUAGUAUAUCUUAAUCAUGUUUCAAAGACUCCGUAACCUGUUAGGUACAAUUACACCUAGACGACAGGUUAACAGUGCCAGCCAAAGAAGUGCUUCUCAGGAUAACAACACCCGAAGCAGCACGCCGGAUAGCCUUCAGGCAGCCCUUGCAUCGUGGACCUUAAUCCUAGACGAGCACAUUUUCCUUGACAGAAUCAUCACCAACGACUUGGUCUAUGACCUGAUCUUCCAUGCCUGCACAGCGAGAACUCUUGUUCGUCUUCUCAGGACAUGCCGGGCAGUCAACGUAGCCGUGAAAGAGUACAUCUCGAGAGCCUUCAACGUUCAUCGUCUCCUCUCGCGGUAUUUCUCUGACCCCAUGGCGUUCCGGUACAUUCAAGCGUGCACUGGGACGUUGAUAUCGGGCUCCGCCGCGUUACAGUUCUUUGAUAGGUCUCUAUAUCCGGACUCAGAUCUGGACCUCUAUGUACCUAUGCCAUGGAGAAAGAAAGUAGGACAUUUUCUCCUCGCUCAAGGGUACAAAUUUGAACCCUAUCCAUUUCAACACCCGACGUUCGACGUCGCAAUAUCAGAUCGGCGAGUAGUGACUGCCCGAGGGCUAUACGGUAACCUCAAAGGGAUUGCGGGCGUAUUCACGUUCGAGAAGAAGUCCGCUCGGGGUGAGGAGUUGAAAGUACAGAUCAUAGUUGCUGUACGAUCUACCAUGGAGGUUAUCCUUCGCUUCCACUCAACAUGUGUCAUGAAUGUCAUUUCGUUUGACAGAGCGUACUGUCUAUACCCUCUCGCUACCCUCGAACAACGUCGCUCGUUAGUCUGCACAAGCAGAAAUGACGAGGUCGCCCAAAGAGUAUUUGAAAAAUACAGUGAGCGGGGAUGGAAGAUAGUCAAGUCCUUCUACGUCCCCCCUGCCUAUUACUGUAUCGAAGAUCCAGCAUUCAGCUUGGGUCCGAGGUGGAUCGAUGACGGCUACACCUGGUCAAUUCCCCUCAAACACUCCUUCGAUCAGUGUAUCACUCCUGUCAAUCCACCUUCUACUCCUCUCACUCGUGACCCGGUAUCCGCUUCGAGCUGGGAUAUCAAACGUGCUAGCGACGGUAUGGGUGCAGAUAUGGUGUUUUCACCCGUACAUGUCCCGCAACUUUUCUAUCACUACAUUCUCAAUGAUACUGCUUGCUUGGAUACUCCUUCAAUUUCGGCUUUGUUGAAAGCUGCUGCACUGGCUAACUCUUGUCCGCCAUCCUACGUGUGGAUAGAGGAACGUCGAUUGUGAGUCGUUCGCUUUUCAAGCAAGUGCAAUGCGACUGAUGUCGCCGAGUUAGUGUGGACGAUCGAUUCAUACAGCUUUGCCACGACUACCACCGUAUAACGUAUUGAACUGUCUUACACAUACUCUGCAUAACACAGAAAUUUAGCCAAGCAAUACGCGGGUCACGGUUCUGCGCGACGCGUUGUUUGCGCAUGUUUGUAUCCCCGUGCAUAUAUGUCGGUUUCGCUUGAAACAUUGCUUUUGACCACGAAUUUGACUUUUGACGUAUUGUUCGUCCCAGUCUUUGUUCCAGUCUUUGUUUUCGCUCUCCUUAUAUCUUCCGGUCUCUGGUGGAAAGACCGCGCUCGCCUUCUCUCGUGCCGAGUACUACGUGUAACAAUCUUGACCAGUAUGUACUAUAUCCGAAGUGUGGUUUUGCUUUUAGCGUUCAUC